ACGCUCACGUAGUUUCCCUCGAGUGUUUAAAGUUAUAGGAAUCUAAAGGGUGGAGAAUGAAGCGGCGCAAUGCGGACUGCAGCAAACUCCGUCGCCCGUUGAAACGGAACCGAAUCACCGAGGGUAUUCACAGCAGUACCUUUCUGUACCUGAAGUUCCUGGUUGUUUGGGCGCUGGUUCUGCUGGCCGAUUUCGUGCUGGAGUUCAGGUUCGAGUAUCUGUGGCCUUUCUGGCUCUUCAUCAGGAGUGUUUAUGAUUCCUUUAGAUAUCAGGGAUUGGCGUUCUCUGUGUUCUUUGUGUGUGUCGCAUUCACAUCAGACAUCAUCUGCCUCCUGUUCAUCCCCAAGCAAUGGCUGUUCUUCGCCGCCAGCACGUAUGUCUGGGUACAGUACGUGUGGCAUACAGAACGAGGUGUGUGUCUGCCCACUGUGUCUCUCUGGAUUCUUUUUGUCUACAUCGAAGCAGCUAUCCGGUUCAAGGAUUUGAAACAUUUUCAUGUAGAUCUUUGCCGUCCAUUUGCAGCUCAUUGCAUUGGCUAUCCGGUGGUAACACUGGGCUUCGGCUUCAAGAGUUACGUAAGCUAUAAGAUGCGUCUGCGGAAGCAAAAAGAGGUGCAGAAGGAAAAUGAGUUCUACAUGCAGCUUCUACAGCAGGCUCUGCCACCAGAACAGCAGAUGCUUCAGAGACAGGAACGAGAGGCAGAGGAGGCAGCCACCUCAAAAGGCAUGUCUGAAGCAGACUCGGUGUUAGUGGCUCAGAACGGCACUGCUAUUACCAAGAAACUGCCCAUGUCUCUGCCUGAACUGGAGUACAAGGAGAAGGGCAAAGAUGGGGGAAAAGACAAAAAACAGCAGCAGCACAGCAUAGGAAUAAACAACAACAUCUUACAGACUGUGGAUGCUAAACUACAGGACAUUGAGUAUAUGGAGAACCAUCUAAACACUAAGAGACUCAACAACGAGCUCAGCGGCAGCGCAGAGAACCUGUUCCUAAAAGAGGAGGUAGGCAGUGGAGGAGGAAGCUCUGCCCCCUCCAAACAUUACAAAAACUCCUCCCCCCAUAGCCACAACUCCACCAAUGGCAGCGUACCAUCCUCUUCAUCCAGCAGGAGUGAAAAGAAACAGAAGUGUGCAGGGAAGAACCUUGCACCUCACAGAGAUCUGAUGGAGAACUGUAUACCUAACAACCAGCUCAGUAAGCCAGAUGCGUUAGUGCGGCUUGAGCAGGACAUAAAGAAGUUGAAGGCUGACCUGCAGGCGAGCAGACAGGUGGAGCAAGACCUGCGCAGUCAGAUCAGCUCUCUGAGCAGUGCCGAGAGGAGCAUGCGCUCUGAGCUGGGGCAGCUCCGCCAGGAAAAUGAGUUGCUGCAAAACAAGCUUCAUAACGCCGUGCAGGCCAAGCAAAAGGACAAGCAAAUGAUUGUGCAGCUGGAGAAGCGUCUCAAGGCAGAACAGGAAGCGCGAGCCGCUGUGGAAAAGCAGCUUGCAGAAGAGAAGAAAAGAAAGAAGAUGGAAGAGGCUACAGCCGCACGUGCUGUCGCUCUGGCAGCUGCCUCCAGAGGGGAAUGCACGGACUCCCUGAGGAAUCGCAUACGUGAGCUGGAGUCGGAGUGCAAGAAGCUCAAUCACGACAUGAAGCUAAAGGAAGAACAAAUCAGAGAGCUCGAGCUCAAAGCUCAAGAGUUGCGUAAAUAUAAGGAGAAUGAAAAGGACACAGAGGUUCUGAUGUCAGCGCUGUCGGCCAUGCAGGACAAGACCCAGCACUUAGAGAACAGUCUGAGUGCUGAGACCAGAAUCAAACUGGAUCUCUUUUCAGCACUCGGAGAUGCCAAGCGACAGCUAGAGAUUGCUCAAGGUCAGAUUUUGCAGAAGGAGCAGGAGAUAAAAGAGUUGAAGCAGAAGAUUGCAGAGGUCAUGGCGGUCAUGCCCAGCAUCACCUACUCGGCAGAAACCAACAACAUGACCCCUGUGACCCCACAUUACUCCUCCAAGUUCAUGGACACCAGUCCUUCCAGCUUGGACCCCAAUGCCUCCGUCUACCAGCCGCUCAAGAAGUGAAUGUUCACACACACAACGUCCACUUUGCUCUUUGAUUUGUCUAAAAGUUCAGUAUGCAAACCAAUGGGAUGGGGUUGUAUUUUUGUUUGAUUUACCCCUCCUCUGUUAGUAUGACUCUUCUUUGUUAUUGCUAAAAUAAGUGGAGGAUUAAAGGGAGAAAAAUGGAUGUCACCUUAACAAGAACUGCCCUCAUGGUGUUUAAGGUUAUUUUUGAAGCUCUUACACCUAAAUUCUUUUCUUGGUAAUGGCACUUCAGCCUGUUGUGGUUCUUUUGUUAUCCUAAAUCUGUUUUGUGAGGGUCUUAAUGAAGACCUUUCACGAUUUUAUUAGUACCUCCUCAUCUUUGUGUUGAAUCUGAACAGUUUUAUGUGCCAGAUAUGGUGGCAUGACUUCUUUUACUUCCCUGGUGUAAACGUACACAUUUAAGUUUAUUGAAUGUAAAUAGAAAAGGGAAAAACGUAUUGAGAUGAGGCACGAGUAUUUGUGAUGGGAAAAAAUAUGUCGUGUUUGUUGCAAUGGAGUGAUUAAGAAUGCAUUUCAGUUUAAUUAUGACCAUAGUAUUGUGCAUCUGUUUUUGGAGAGGUAAAAUCAUUUCAUUACAGAUGGAUCUGAAUUGGAUAUAUUUUUGGGUUUCUAUAAACCAAAUUUUCCGUUCUUCCCAAUGCUGUUUUCCAACAUGUCGAAGACACGAUAAAAACCCACGUGUUUAAAAAGGGACUGAUCUUCACGUUGUAUUUGUUGACAAAAAUGCUGCAUAAAUAUUUGGGAAUGUUGUCGUAUUUUGCAGUCAAUGCAAGUCCUUUUUGUUAACGGACAAAAUUGAAAUAGAAUUUAGUUGAAACCAGUUGAAAAGCUGAACAUAUGAUGUCUUGUUUGCCAGUUGUUAUGUUACACAGUGCCUUGAAAUAUCUUGUUUAAUAUAUUCUCUCUCACACCUCCCAUGCCAUUGUCACCCUAGAAUCCAUCUGAUUGGUCAGCAUACCACAUGACCUGUUUUUCCCCAAGCGUGGCAUUUAAAAUCAUCUGCCCUCUUGUUGCCAUGUGUUCUGUCAGGGAAAAAAUAUACAGGUAACAGUGAGCCCACUUGUUAUCAGUGGUCCAUUAUUUCUGCCAUGUCUCUAAUUUAUAUUAACAUAUUCAUUGCAUUUUAUAAUAUUUGCUGAAUGGUUUGAUUUUGGUCAAAUGUGCCAAAUUUUUUUUCUCCCCUGCACCAUUUAAUUUCAUUGAGGAUAAUGCAAACUGUACAUGCAUCAUUUUAUAGAGAACUCACUGCAGAUAACAACUAAAAUCAAUCCAUUAAUGUUUCAUUUUCAUUAAAAAUCCUACUUCACA